AUGGCUCCACGAUUGCCUGCGGAGCUUUGGAACAUGGUGAUGGUUUACCUCGACCCAGCUAGCAAGAAACAACUGCGUCUAGUAGAUACUGAGCUCAGCCGUCUCGCGACACCGCGUCUUUUCGAGACUGUAGCUUUCAAUCUAGACGAAGGCGGAAUUGACCAUCUGACGGCUAUUGCCGCCAGUGACUCAUUGAUUCCGCAUGUACACACUCUGGUUUUGAGGCGAACAUACGGCCUGAACCAUUUCUUUGAUGGUUUCGAAUCUUGGGAACGUUGUGUGAUACACGAACCUUCCCGAUCACCCGAAUUCGAGGAUCGUCUGAGCAACGCUGGUUCCGACGAGAACCGCUCGGAUUCAGAUGAGGACGACAUCAUGUCCGCAGAGGAAUGGUCUCACCUUUCAAACGACGAUCGUUGCCGCCUUUUCGAUCAGUACGAGCGUGACCGUAUUUCUCUAAGAGAACAUGCACAGCAGCUUCUACGCGGCGUCUCCUACCGGCCUCUGGGAGCUUUGCCGGUCCGAGAGCCAUCGCAUGCGCGCGCAACAAACGAAGAGCUGGAUCUGUCGCUCCCGGACCGCCUUGACGAAGCAAUAUUGAGGCUUCCGCAGCUUCGACGUUUCGAGCACGACCCGGCCUACCUGACCGAUGGAAACUGGGGGGCGCGCUGGCAGCGCCUGCGCUUCCACACUACGCGGCUCAUCCUUUACUCUACCGAUAGAGAGGCUGAGAGGGUAGAAAACUUACAGCUUUCUCUCGCCCUCCGCGCACUAGGGCUUGCUGAACAGCGUAACAAGAGCCUCCGUAGUCUCGAUAUCUACGUGGCGGAGGGGGCCUUCUGGGGCGCCGUCAACCUCGGCCGUCUUUGGGAUCCACUCCACAGCGCGUGGGAGCAGGAAGAUCACUUAGUUUGGAUGGGUGAUGAGCUAGAUAUGAACAUUGACCGCUGGGUCGACCGUGCUGGGAGCUGGUACGGGGCGCUCCGUCAUCAGGAAAACCUAACGAGGGAGCUCAUGAAUAUGGAGCAUGCCUUUACGCAUCUAGCCACCCUCUUUCUCCAUGUCAAAUGUGCUGAUCAUGAGGAGGAUGUGUCUGCCGCCGCUCGACAGCUCUUCUACUUCUUGAGGCGUGCCGACUGCCUUGAACGCAUCUCGCUCAUAUUUCGCAUGGACGGUUGGCUCGAAGACGCACCAAACAUGUCGUAUCCUGACUGGAGAAGUCAACCCGGCGAUGCUGCUAGCUCGCUGCUUCGCUCGUUGGGUCAGGGUCAAUGCUUUCCUGCUCUGCGAAAGCUGCAGCUCUCGCUUCUCACGCGUGGCGACGAUCUCCUUCUCUUUCUCAAGACACUUAGCCCCACACUCCGUGAUCUUGAGCUCAACUCCGUUGCCCUGAUACCCGAUGGUAGACUCUGGGAAUCGGUCCUGAAAGAUAUGUCGCAGACAUUACAGCUGGAGCGCAUCAAGCUCCGCUGUCUGGAGGAUAACGCUCAACCCGGCGGCCGACUCAUCCUUGAACCAACGAAACCGAACUGGCGUACUCUAGACGAGGACCUUAUCUGCUACACUCAUUACGAGAACACAGGGUACGCGAUUCGCAAGGCAAGCGCUAUCGAGCUACGACUCUAG